AUGUCAACAACUACAGCUGAAAUACCAACUACUACUACUACUUCACAACAACCACCACAACAAAUAGAUCCACGCGUUAUACUUGGUAAUGGUUUAUAUUCAUUACUUGCACCUGUUGUAAAGGAAUGCGAUGCAAAGAUUCAAGAAGUAUAUCAAUCACAAAAGAAUCUAUCCGAGCAAAUAGAUACUUUAUCAAAUGAAUUGGAAAACUUUAAUAGUCUAACACAAGUACCAACAUUGAAUCCACAUAUUCAAAAGUUAUUAAAUGCAAGAGGUAGAUUGUUGGCAAUCAAUAGUAAAUUGAGUUUGAUUAUGACUCGUCUUGAUAAACUAUCUACAUCGGUUGCUCAACAACAACAGCAACAACAACAAAAACAACAAUCUGUUGGUGAUCGUUUGGCUCUGCUAUUCAAGAGUAAAACUCCUACCAAACCAUCAAAUAAUGUAUCUACUACCACUCCAAUCGUUACAACUACUACCUCUUCUAUUGAAUCGUUAUCUACCAAUAGAAUACAACAAAAUGAUAAUAUCAUAAUAGAAAAGGAAAAGGAAAAGGAUCAAGAAAAAGAAAAGGAAAAGGAAAAAGAAGAACAAGUAAAAGAAGAAGAAGAAGAAAAAGUAGAGGAAACAUCUACAACAUCGACUACUACUACAUCGACUACAUCGACCACAACUACCGAAUCAUCAUAA